ACUGCCUGAACGUCCGUCGCAGACUCCGCCCCACGCGCAGAGCUGCAGCCAUGGCUGUCACCGCCGAGGGCGCCCGCAGGAAGGAGCGCAUCCUUUGCCUGUUUGACGUGGACGGGACUCUCACGCCGGCUCGCCAGAAAAUUGACCCCGAGGUGUCCGCCUUCCUGCAGAAGCUUCGAAGCAAGUCAUGGAGAAGUUUGAUUACGUGUUUGCAGAAAAUGGGACGGUGCAGUAUAAGCAUGGGCGACUGCUCUCUAAACAGACCAUCCAGAGCCACCUGGGGGAGGAGCUGCUGCAGGACCUCAUCAACUUCUGCCUCAGCUACAUGGCCCUGCUCAGGCUGCCCAAGAAGCGGGAUUGAACCCUUGUGCACGCUGAGCAAGCAGGCCUGCACGAUGCUACAGCCCCGGCCCUGGACCCCUGACUCCUGUGGCACCUUCAUUGAGUUCCGGAAUGGCAUGCUGAACAUCUCGCCCAUUGGCCGCAGCUGCACCCUAGAGGAGCGGAUUGAGUUCUCUGAACUGGACAAGAAGGAGCGGAUCCGGGAGAAGUUCGUGGAAGCCCUGAAGACAGAGUUUGCAGGCAAGGGGCUGCGGUUCUCUCGAGGUGGCAUGAUCAGCUUUGACGUCUUCCCUGAGGGCUGGGACAAGCGCUACUGUCUGGAUAGCCUGGACCAGGACAGCUUUGACACUAUCCACUUCUUCGGAAAUGAGACCAGCCCUGGUGGGAAUGACUUUGAGAUCUAUGCAGACCCCCGGACUGUGGGCCACAGCGUGGUCUCCCCUCAGGACACGGUUCAGCGAUGCCGAGAGAUUUUCUUCCCAGAGACGGCCCAUGAGGCGUGAGCAGUCCCCACACCCAAAACGGAAUCCAGAGCACUCUGGCCAGGCCCCCAGAGGAACGCCAGCUUUGGCUGCGGAGGGCACCCUGGUCUCUGGCCCAGGGCACUGAUCUCGGGCCUUGCUUCAAGGCCCACGCUGCACUGAGCCUGGCCCCCGUCCUGACAGCUGUGGCCACAGCUGCUGCUCUUAGUUCACAACACAGCAGGCCUGGGAGGAGAUGGUGCAAGGGUACGAUGUGGAGCCCCCCUGCCCGCCCACCAUGGAGAGGAGGGGCAGAGUAGAGGAGGUGCUGAGCGACCUCGGGACUGUGUUACAGCAUUAAAGGUCCCAGGACAAGGCAAGGUGUUGGGUAUGUCUGAGGGGCU